CCCAGCUUUAUUGAAGAUACGAGACCACAGCCGAGCUACCCGGCUGAGCGGCGGAUUGACCUCACUCUGAAUUGUGAAGUACCGACCUACCAAGAUGCGUUGCAUUUUCAGGCGGCUGAGUGCAGCAGGAGCAGGUAGGAGAUGGACAGCCCCAGCUCUUCAGGACCCCUACGUGUUUAUGCCAUGUGUCUCAGGAGCUGCAGUACCCCAUCUCUACAGCACGGGGGCGUGGUAUGGGAUGGAUGUACCAGGGCCCAGCCCCAGAGAGAGAGGCUCCCGGGAGCGGAGGGGGGAGAGGGCGAGGGCGAGCAUCCUCAAGAGCCCAGGGGUCCCAGAGGUGGGGAGGCUGUCCCGAGAGGAGCUGACAGAGCUGCUGCAGAGGAGCCUGAUCUACAGAGCCGGUCCUCUUGUGGCUCUCAAUAAACCUCCUGGACUGCCCAUAACAGGUGACGAGCUGUCUCUGAGCACCGUACUGCCUGACCUGCAGGGGGCGCUGUCUCUCACGGGGGAGCUGCAUGUGGUGAAAACCGCAGCCCGAGACCAAUCAGGACUGGUCCUGCUGUCUACGUGCCAUCACACCACCAAUCACCUUGAAGAUAACUUUCGCAAAGCCAGGAGGCAGAAGACCCCUACCGCCACCUACUGGGCAGUGACAGUGGGGACUCCGGACCCCCCCGAGGGAGAGAUCGACGUGCCACUUAAGCUGCAGACCAUCGGGGCGCUUCAGCUGGUGGUUCCUGAGCUCAGUCCCUCCAGAGGCAGUGUGACUCACAGGGAGGUGAAGAGGACUCGAACCCGAUACCGAGUGCUCGACUCGGGGGCCGGCUGCUCCCUGCUGCAGCUGCAGCCCCUCUCCACCUUCCAGAGCCAGCUGCAGGUACACCUCAGUGUGAAGCUCAGCCCAGUGCUGGGGGACCAUGUCUACUCACCCAGGGUGGGCCGAGUCCUGGGGGUGCCCAUCUCGCUGCCUGUGGAGACCGCCCUGCCACGCACACAGGUCCUGCAGGAGGCGCUCUUGCGCAGGAUGCAUCUCACACAGCAGCAGAUGCACCGCAUGCCCCUGCACCUCCACCUGCUGCAGCUGCAUCUCCCUGCCCUGGGGAAGGAGCGAAAGGAGACUGUAGUCACAGCCCCGCCCCCAGAAUACUUUCUCAGAACUCUGUGUUUGCUGGGAUUAACACCUCCUGAGGGGAGGGGCUAACAGAGAUGGAGCCAGAGCCCCGCCUCCAGAAUGCUUAAUCAGAACACUGGGCUUGAGAGAGACCCACCCAGGGGAGGAGCUAGCAGACUGGCACCAGAGCUCCGCCCCCAGACUAUUUCAUGCAAAUAUGUAAAAAGUUAAACAUUCAGGAAAUCAAUAUGAAAAUCUUUUUCAAGUGUACGGUAUAUGGUAAUAUUUACUUUUGAAAUAUAUGCCAGUAAAACACACACCAGAAAGUUAUACAAUAUGACAAAAAGUUUAUUAGUGCAAAUUCCACACAUACAUAUAAAAUGUCUUACCGCUGCGGCCGCCCAGUCAUUCGAUCCAGUCACAAUGUUUGGGUUUGAGAACAAUUCACAAGUUAGUAAUAAACUCUGCAUGGUUUUAAAAUCUAGUUCAAGCCACUGGAUCGUAUCUCCUUCACAAGGUGUCCCUUUUGUACUGUGCAAAAUAUCUGAAAAUAAAAACAUUACUUUAAACCUAAGUGUGUGAUUGUGAGCAUUCCUGAUCGAAAGUGAAUUUUCACUGUUAGAGAACAACGUCAGCAGCUUCUGAGUGAACCGGAUCCUGGCUUCAGAGCAGCUCCUGAGUGAACCUGAUCGCGGCUUCAGAGCAGCUCCUGAGUGAACCGGAUCCCGGCUUCAGAGCAGCUCCUGAGUGAACCGGAUCCCGGCUUCAGAGCAGCUCCUGAGUGAACCGGAUCCCGGCUUCAGAGCAGCUCCUGAGUGAACCGGAUCGCGGCUUCAGAGCAGCUCCUGACUAGGGUGUGGUAACUAUCAGGCAAUUGUACUUUCAGAAUUAUUCCAAUUCCACAGUUUAUUGACUAAUGAAAGCUUAUUCUUAACAGAUGAUUAGAGUCUGUACAUAAUUAGGUUGGUUUACAUUCAUUGCUUAUUCAAGACACAGAAACCUCACAAUGACUGCAACCUCUUCUUCUAAUCAAAUAGAGGUAGUCACGUAAGUUGCAGUCAAAACAGUAACUGGGAACACCCUUUCAGAACUGGGGGCAGCUGUGAGUUCAUUUCACCUGGGCGAUUCAAACUCGUGUCAUCCCCUCUAAGCUUAUAUAAAGUGUACCUCAACUGAACAUGUGCAGUCUCAAUCCUACAGAAUUCCACAGUCUAAAACAUCUGGUUCACAUUAUCUGCAACAGCAUUCUUCACAUGGAAUAACCCUCUACAAUGAAGGCUGUGUUAACCAUGGACACCUUUAAGUCCCUGCAAUGGAAAACGUACAUACCCUAACACUGGACCCUUCCACAAGCACAUCUGUACACAGAGGACAAUCUUUCUAAUAUUUUAACAGCCCUUUGCCCCUGGAAUCCACUCAGGCCUUCGAGGGUUCAGUAAGAAAUAUAAAAUGCAGCUUCAAAAUACAAUGACAAGCGAUUUGACUACAAGUCCUUCUCAGUUUCUUCAUUCUGGUCAGAAGAUUGUCAUUUUAGUCUUUCUAUAUUUUGCACUAUUAAGUGUGCAGCAGUUUUGCGCACCAGACAGUGCUGUGUGAUGUCCUGCCGUUACAGAUUCUGUGCCGUCUCGGUCCUGCAGCAGCAGUUGUUGAUGCA